GCCAAGCUCGGCGAGGGCCUCUACGGCAACAUCAAGUUGCUCAGCGACCAGGACAGCCCGUGGAAGGAGGCGCGGACGCCGAAGGGCGAGGUCUACUACUACCACGCCACGACGCGCCAGACCGUCUGGACGAAGCCGGCCCCGGACUUUGCCCCGCCGAUGAUGCCGCCGCCGCCCGCGGGAGGCAUGCUGCCGCCAUCGCUGACGCCCGCGCGGCCCGGGCAGCCCGGGCCGGCUGCUUCUUCAGGCGCCCGCGCCAUCACGCCGGCGUCGCCAGCGACCGCAGGC